AUGUCAUUAUCAGAGAAGGUUAAAAAAAUUGAAUGCAAUUUAAUAGUAAACGAUAAUGAUGAUAAAGAAGUGUGGUAUUAUGGUUAUAGUAUGCUUGAUUCCCAAAUUAUAAAAAAGUCAGGAGUAAGUGUUACAACAUUAUCUAAGAAAUUUGGUAUAGCUAAAUCAACCGUGUGCGCGAUUAAUAGCAGAAAACUGAAGUUAAAGAGCCAAAUUGGGAAAAUGUUCGUUAUUAAUAAAAGGCAAACUAUGAAAAAAGGUGAACUUCCACGGACAGAGGAAAGACUUUACAAGUGUGAUGGAUGGUUAAGAAAUUUUAAAAAACGUUUUGGAAUACGUUUGCUUAAAAUUGUAGGUGAAAAACUUUCCAGUCAAAUAGAAUUAGUGAAACCUUUUAAAAAGAUGUUGCUUGAAAAAAUGGAAAAAGAAGAACUAACUAAGGAUCAGUUAUAUAAUGUUGACGAAACAGGUCUAUUUUAUAAAAAUUUGCCUGAAAAAACUUACGUUUUAAGCUCUGAAAAAAAUGCGCCUGGAAUUAAAAGUUAUAAACAAAGAAUAACUGUUCUUCUAGGAACAAAUGCGACAGGUUCGCACAAGUUAAAACCUUUAAUUAUCGGAAAAGCGGCAAAUCCAAGGUGUUUUAAAAAUUUCCAAUUGCCCUUGGAAUAUAAUCAUUCAAAAAAUGCGUGGAUGACGACUGAUAUUUUUAAAAAAUGGUUCCAUCAUUCGUUUGUUCCACAAGUGAAGAAAUUUUUAGCUAGUAAGAACAUAGCUCAAAAAGCAAUUCUUUUAUUAGAUAACGCUCCUUCACAUCCACCAGCAGAGCAGCUUAUCAGCGAAGAUGGAAAAAUAUUUGUUUUGUACAUGCCACCUAAUGUAACACCUCUUAUACAGCCCAUGGAUCAAAACGUGAUUAGAAUCACUAAACUCAAUUACAGAGCUUGUUUGUUAAGUUCUAUUUUGUCAACAACAAAUAACAGCGAUAUUAUUACCGCAAUAAAAAAUAUUAAUCUCAAAGAAGUUGUCAUAAAUCUUACUGCAGCUUGGAAUAAAAUUGAUAAAGAAAUGAUACUGAAGUGCUGGAAAAAUAUUUUAAAGGAAGAUGAAUUUGAUGAUGAAGACGAGAUUCCUUUGAGUAUUUUAAUGAGAGAUGAUUUGGAUAUUAAUGUACGAACUAAAGAAUUAGCACUUUUGCUGAAUACGGCUGAUACGAAUGAAUAUAGUCUUGAAGAUAUUCAGCGUUGGAAUAGAGAUGAAAUUACCGAUAAUGAAAACUAUUCAGUCUCUUCUGAAGAUACUAAUUUAACCGAAAAUGUGAUAGAAACAGUUGAAGCAAAAAUUUCUGAUUAUGAAGCCCUUGAAGCGCUAAAUAAGACUAUACAAUGGGCUGCAGACAACGAUAUCUUUGAACAGGUUCAAUAG